UGUGGACCGAAAUCUGGCUCGACACACAUGUUAUGCUUCAGGUGCACCUGAGCUGACGCUUCUGAUCCCGUGCCGAACACUUGUGCUGCGAGACGCAAAUCGUUGCUUCCGACCUGUCCUCUGAUACACCCGCCGCGAGUCAUUCGUUUCCGUUCCUCCACGCUCUGGCGUUUGGAUCCCCGCCGUUAUUCAAGUCUCAGAAACCUCAGGGCCAUGCGUUGAAAAAGGGCACUCCUUGAACCUCAGCCGGCUUCGCGCAACAAAGUCGUGAUAAGGGCAUGCUCGCUUCGACUAUCGCAUGGUCAAUGGCUUCGACCGCUCACACAGUCGCCUACCGGCCAGCACAACCUCCGCCGGCACCGACGUCGCACACGCCUGCUCCACACCGUCGAUCAGGUUCGACCUCGUCCGCACGGUCGAAACCCGGCGCACACCCGCUGGACGCUGAGAAUGGCGUUGCCUCUACGCCGCUGCAAGGACAGCAGCAGUCACCCGAGCGGGAUGGCUCGCCGGCGGGCAGCAUCAAGCAGAAGCCUCUACCUCAGCCAAGACUCUACGCCCCGCCGCUACGGUCUCAGUACCCUCUCGAGAACUCGGAGAACCAUGUUGAGUACAUAUUGGUAGCAAGUUUUGAUAUCGACCGCGGCUCCGUUAUGGAACAUCAGUAUCCGGGACCCAUCUCUGGCGACGAGCACAUGUUGGCAGAGCUGAUGUUGCCGGAUCAGACACACAUGCGCAGCCAGGAUUGGACCAUUUUCUUCCUGCACAAGGACACAAGCGCAGAGGAUGAGGCGAGAGAAAAGAGGAAGGCGAGAAGAAGGCGGAGGCGACGGAGGAGAGAGGCAGCUGAGAGAGGUUUGGAUGUCAGCCAGUUGCCUCAGAGUGAUGGAAGCGAUCUCGACGAUAUUGAGGAUGAGCUAAACAACGAUGAUCUUGAAAGCACGGAUGAUGAAGAGAUCGAUGAUGGACCACCGUUGAUAUACGUCCUGAAUUUGGUGAACACCAAGCAGGAUGCCACAGCGAAGAGAGGUGCUGUUGUCAAGGCAAUGGCUAUCUGUACACGCCAUUCUUUCUUGCAUAUCUACAAGCCUCUACUGUUGCUGGCGCUCGAGGAAUACUUCCGAAAUCCGGUCUUAGACACUCUUGCCUCGCUCUACAAUGCCGUUAACUCCAUGGAUCUAUCCCUCAUGCCUCGCCUUACUCCCUUAGAGCGAAAUCUCUUGCAGGCUUCAGACGCAAAGGACAUGUUUGCGGAGAAAUUCACGCUCAUGAUCCAGCAACGGCAGGCUGAGGAUGCUCAGCGACUGUCAAGCUCGUCAAAGGAUUCAGCGACUUCGUUGCCUCGAUAUCAACUACCUCGAGACACGCACGAAUUUGAGUCAAGGGUGUUCUACAACAAUAUCCCUGUGCCUAUCAAGGUCCCUGUUGCCAUCACGCCAGAGACUGUGGGCGACUUCAGCUUGAUCAAACUGAUUACUACUUUCUCGGAGCCUCACAGAUCAAAUCCGCAGCCGUUUCCACUGCAUUCGCAUCUCACAACCUCUGGACCAUAUACCCAUCCCAUUAUAGUCCUAAUAAACGCUCUUCUGACACAGAAACGAGUCAUUUUCUUAGGACAUAAUCAGCCCUCCGGCUCUGUCGCGGAGGCUGUGUUAGCGGCGUGUUCGUUGGCAUCCGGCGGCAUAUUGAAAGGUUUUACCAGACAUGCAUUCCCCUACACUGAUCUGACCAAGAUCGACGACUUGUUGAAAGUUCCCGGAUUCAUCGCUGGCGUCACGAAUCCAGCCUUCGGACUAAGGACGGAAUGGUGGGACCUCCUGUGCGACUUACCUACUGGGCGCAUGAAGAUCAGCCCGAAGAUCGAGCCUCCGCCUCUAACAGAAGGUACAAUAUUCUUCCAGCAAGGCGGUCAUGGAAACACCGCUCUUGCGAACGGCAAGGGUACGUCAAAUCUGACUCUUACCAAUGGUCUCUCAUCGGGAAGCAAAGAUACAGGCGAUGAUCCAACCGGAGAUAAAGAAUUCAUGGAAGGCAUCAUGCAAUCUGUCGCCAACAGACACGGUGAAGCCGUCGUGCGCUCCAAAUUCCGCAACUGGGUCCAUCGAUUCACGCUCCUCGCCGCAACAUUCGAGGAGAUCGUGUAUGGUGCAUCUGCGUUGCAUAUUGGCGCAAGCGAAACAGACGCCGAUGCUUACGGUUAUGGCGUCCAAGGCCAUGGUCUGGUCUGGUCUGAUGAUGGAUCUCGCAUGCGCGAAAUCAACGCGCAGGUAGGUCGUAUCGAAGGCUGGCGGCAGUCUCGAAGUUAUUUCUCUCUAAUUCGCGACCUGGCUCGACAGUGGGAGCGGGGAGAUGGUGUCCGCGGCAUCGAUCUCGAGUACCAGCUUGAGAGGCUCCGGGUUCAGAAACCUGGUAAUGAGGCCGCAGGCGACAUCUUCAAAGCCAUCUCCCGCGCCGUCGAGCGUGUCGGCCUCGACCCCGAGGAUCCUGACCCGGCCACCCCAGGCGCAUAUCCAGAUAGCAUCUCGCAAGCACCCACGCCGGCCGCGCACAUGAAAAAAAUGAUGAAGAUCGAGAAGGCGCGCUACGACAUCAUCUUGCAGCUACUCUCGAGUCUACCAGAGAGCGGUGGUGGUCUCUUCUACCUCAGUCUGGGGCUGUUUCACAAGGAUGCGACGGUGAGACAAGCAACAGUUGUGCUGCUGGAGAGAAUCAUGGUCCAUGACGCUGGCCGUCAUUAUUGGGCCAGUUUGGGCAGAUUCGCCAAGCUUGCAUUCUUUCGGGUGAAGAGGGAGGCGGAGAUGGGUGUUGAACAACCGGGAAUUCAAUAAACGCUUCUUGCGUUCUUUACUUCGCUUGGCAAGGCUAACUUUUCGGACGUAAUAUUGUUGCACAUAGAUGACGUGAUUUUUGUCUCACUAAUGCCGGAAUGAAAGCGACUUCAUUUUUCUGACUCAACAACCGAGCAUUCUCACGUAUUCUUGGGCUAUGACUCUUGGUUUUGUCGCCGUUAGCUGUCUAUGCUGCCAAAUCUUGUAGUGAAAGCAC